CCGGCCAUUUCGACCGAGCAGGCGAGCGGACAGGAAGCGGGGGGACCGGAAGCAGGCAGAACAGCUUAAGGGGAAGGAAAAAAAAAAAACAAAACAACAAAAACAACACAAAAACAACAUAAAUAAGCAAAACAAAACAUCUAAGAUGAGUGAGACCGCAAUUUCGUUUGCCAAGGACUUUUUGGCCGGAGGCAUCGCUGCUGCCAUCUCGAAGACUGCUGUCGCUCCCAUUGAGAGAGUCAAACUGCUCCUUCAGGUCCAACAUGCCAGCAAGCAGAUCACAGUCGAUAAGCAGUACAAGGGCAUUAUGGACUGUGUGGUGCGUAUCCCCAAGGAACAAGGCUUCCUGUCAUUCUGGAGAGGCAACUUGGCCAACGUGAUCCGGUACUUCCCUACGCAGGCCCUCAACUUCGCCUUCAAGGACAAGUACAAGCAGAUCUUCCUUGAUGGCGUGGACAAGCGCAAGCAGUUCUGGCGCUACUUUGCUGGAAACCUGGCGUCCGGCGGUGCUGCAGGUGCCACCUCACUCUGCUUUGUCUACCCUCUCGAUUUCGCCCGAACCCGUCUGGCUGCCGAUGUGGGCAAAGCCGGCGCAGAGAGAGAGUUCUCCGGUCUUGGCAACUGCCUGGCAAAGGUGUUCAAGUCUGAUGGCCUCAAGGGGCUGUACCAGGGCUUCAACGUGUCUGUGCAGGGAAUCAUCAUCUACAGAGCGGCAUACUUCGGCAUCUACGACACCGCCAAGGGUAUGAUGCCUGACCCUAAGAACACCCACAUUGUCGUGAGCUGGAUGAUCGCGCAGACUGUAACCGCCGUCGCUGGUCUCACGUCCUACCCAUUCGACACGGUCAGGCGUCGUAUGAUGAUGCAGUCUGGCCGCAAAGGAGCUGACAUCAUGUACACCGGCACCAUCGACUGCUGGAAGAAGAUCGCACGUGACGAAGGGUCAAAGGCCUUUUUCAAGGGCGCUUGGUCCAACGUGCUCCGUGGCAUGGGAGGCGCCUUUGUUCUCGUCCUGUACGACGAGCUCAAGAAAUACAUGUAAACGUUUCCGGCUUGUCAGUCAUCUUUUUUUAUAAUGUAAAGUUCAUGACAAAACGAGGAGAAAAAUAGGGAAAAAGCUGAAACGGUUAAACCAUUCAACACACAACCUGUAUUUCUGGCUGGACUCUUAUGCCUCGUCAGUGAGGCCCGAUUAGUAUCGCUCCUGCUGCUGGUUCUGAUUCAUGCGGAGAUGGUGUUUAUUUAAAUGGUGUGUUUGUGUGCGUGUGUGUGAGAGAGAGAGAGAGAGCGCCAUUCUCUUAGUCUGUUUAUCAUUUUAUUUCUCCCAGUCCAAAACACUCGUUCUCCAUCCUCAUUCCUUCACGUGAGAAAGUCCUGAAUGUUCUCCCUGUUCUCCACUCCGUCAGUUUUUAAAAUUUGACUUGAAUAAAUUCAACCUACUGAAAAAAAAAAAAAAAGCGUGUGCGUCUUUUCUGUGGCCUGUAAAAGUGUUUAUUCACGUGCUCCCAGUUACGUGAAGAACUAACGCACGUGUCAUGAUCUAGGAAGAGAAUGAGCGUCUGUGUGGUGUGAUGACGCUGAGGAACUGUUAGGGUUCACUAGUAUUGUUUCUUCACUGACGGUUCGAACGUCAUACUUUUAAGCUGUAUAACUAUAAAGGUGAGCGAUGAGAUGAAACGAACACCGGAGACUCCCAACAUAAACGUUAAAAUAUCAGCAUGUUAAUGAUGACACUCGUUAAAUCUCAGUAAUUAGUUCACUUGCUAAUUAAAUCCUUUUUCUUGUUACUGUAAAUGAAUUCACACCUUCUGAUUAAUCAGAUCUGAUCUUUGACAGCGCUGUCAAAUUGUUUCAGGACUAAAUGUGCUUUAGUCUUUAUGUAGCAGGCUGCAGUGAGAUAAUAAAAAUAAAACUACACAGUGGUUUA